AUGUCUGUUGAAGGGAUGGAUGUUCUGCCAACAAGCAGACAAUUAGAAACUGUAUCUGAUGGUAAUAAAUUUCCUACCCACCUUAGUGCCACAAUGAGCACGAAUGCAAAAGAUGGGUUUGGCCCUUCACUUGCUGAGGUUUUACCCAUCAAGGCUAUCUGCGAUUGCCUCCCCCAAAAAGAUGUAAUUAAUUUUCGAUUAAUAAGCAAUGUUUGCGCCGCAGCUGGUAUGGAUCGUCUCGUCGAAAAUAUAAACGUAAUAUUCACCAGAGAGAGUUUCGAAAAACUACUAUAUAUCUCAAAAUAUCCCAGGAUGUCGAAACGUGUCCUGGCUAUACACUACGAUCCGUUGAGAAUGAGGGCAAUUGGUGAAGAUGAUUACAACCGUGUCCUGAGAGAAGUGGAAUUACAGCCAGGAUCGGAGUCCCUGACCAAGAAGGUUCGUGGCUUCGAAGCUCGCAACAAGAUUUGUGAAGAACAAGACUUGAUGGUGAAGAGCGAAUACAGUAGUUUCGUAUUUUCACAAGUGCUGCCAAAACUCAGCUCCUUGAAAAGGUUCACUGUGAUAGAGUGUGAAUCUAAACAAUCUGAUCAUUUACUGUUGGAUGUCAAGCCUCCGCCAGCUUUCUGUAACAGUAUGUGUCAUGAUGCGAGGUAUCACAAAGAAGCUUCAAUAUUUCUCGCCGCUGCUGCUAACGCUGGUACGAAGUUAGAGCAUCUCUGCCUUGAAGAAUUUAAUAUAAAUACCCUAUUCGGUGCUUCUAUUGGCGAUAUAAAGAAUCCUUCUUCCAAUUCUAAUCAUGGAUUGAAGCAACUACUACAAGCUACAUCCAAUCUCGAAUAUCUCUUCAUCACAGAAAACUGUGCUAUCACGGACUCGACGAGAAUCGACUGGGACGAAAUCAUAGUGGGUCUAACAAUGCCAUGUUUGAAAAGCCUGGAUUUCUGGUGUAUGGCGGGCAGUAAAUCAUCGCUCACCGAGUUUCUUCGAAGACAUGCCAGAACUCUGAGAAGCCUAACGCUCAUGUUUUGUUUCUUAGAAGAACCUGUCAUCGACUGGGGAGAAGUUUUUGGUGGAAUCAAGAGUGAUUUGACCCUUAGGAGAGUGAGAUUAUCCUAUUUGCAAUGUUUUUUACCCGGAGGCCAUAAUACCUUCGACAAAGCCGUCCAUUUGGAACACAUUUACCAUGGAAAUACCUUUCACCUACUACUCGAAGAUCGUCUUAUGCGCAAGAAUCUCGUCGCUAAAGAAUUGCCUCUCGCACCGAGCAAACCCUGGAAGAACUACAUCCUCUAUCUGACAACAGAGAAACAAAAGGCAAGGGCAAGGCUGGCAGAACUUGAGUCACAAGAUCUUACAUGGGACUUUAAGAAUGACGAGGACAAGCAACACUUUGAAUUUAUCGGAGGAUGGGGGUAG